GGGGUGAGAUGGAAGGCGACAAGUAUAUUCGCAUAGUAACCUAGCUUCAGCCCAGGGCCAAUUGGCGUCAGACGGGAAGAAAUUUCUUCCUUCAUAUAACUGUGUUCAGACGAUGGUGGAGGAUGUUCCUGCUUCGACGGUAAUGUAGAAGAACCUAAUAAACAUUAGUAGUCACACCUUGCAGAAACUGUUGAUUAUACGUCGUGCAUAUCUAAAUCAUUGAACAUAUUUACUUCACAAAGAGUCAUGAAUCGCCCACGUUUAGAAGUACCACGGGAACUCACUAGCUUGUUGUUAGAUUUUACUGUGAAUGUGCUGUUGGAGAAACCGGCUGAUAUUGUGGAUUAUGCUGUUAGUUACUUUACGAAGCUAAGAGAUGAAGGGCGAACGAAUAAUCGGGAGCAGACUGUUCCUAUACCAUCAGUAACAUGUGAAGACGACGAUGUUCUUAGUGAAGACGAUGAAAUGGAAGAACCUCCUGUUCGAAAAUCUGCAAACCAGUAUUCCAGACGAAAAUCAGGUAAUUCUCUUGUUACUUUGGACUUCCAUUUAAAACUUUACAAAAAUUAUUCAACUUAAUAAAUAAAAAUUAUAUAUUAUACAUUUUA